AUGCGGUGGUGUCCCAGCUCAGUGCUCCACCUGCUGCGCUGUGUGCGGCUCCGGCCAUGCAUCAAGAGGGGAAGGAGCAGGCUUCCCGUGUGGAUGAGGGAAAUGUGGGCCUACAUGAGCGUGGUGGUGCGGUCACUUUACUUUAACUCCCUCACGGACUCGGAUGUGGUUUUCGACUCAGUCUUUGAACCGGUGUUUUGGACUGUGGAUUAUGUUACUCGCUGGUUUGGCACGGUCUUUGUUUGUCUGGUGGUCAUACUGGUCAGCUCCAUCGUGUUGAUAGCUUACAUCGUCCUGCUGCCUCUGGUCCUCAACACGUACUCCCCUGCCUGGAUCGUUUGGCAUGUUUGUUAUGGACAUUGGAACCUCGUCAUGAUCGCUUUCCAUUACUACAAGGCCACCAACACUUCCCCCGGGUAUCCCCCUACAGAAAAAAGUGACAUGCCAUUUGUGGCAGUCUGCAAGAAGUGCAUCAUGCCCAAACCAGCAAGAACACACCACUGUGGUAUCUGUAACAGGUGCAUUCUGAAAAUGGACCAUCAUUGUCCCUGGUUGAAUAACUGUGUGGGACACUUUAACCAGCGCUACUUCUUCUCCUUCUGCCUCUUCAUGACCUUAGGCUGUGUCUAUUGUGUCAUCAGCGGCAGGAACCUGUUCCUAGAUGCGUACAACGCCCUGGAGCGCUUUAAGCAUUUGGACACGGAGAAGCCAGGGGUACCGGUGACAGGGAUGGGAGUGCUUAUAGGGCUUCUCCCCCCGGGCCAGACCAGCUAUCAGACACCUGCACCUCCGUACACCUUUAGGGACAGGAUGAUUCACAAGAGCAUCAUCUACAUGUGGGUGCUAACCAGUACUGUGGGAGUGGCUCUGGGAGCUCUGACUAUUUGGCACGCAGUUCUCAUAUCAAGAGGAGAGACCAGCAUAGAAAGACACAUCAACAGCAAAGAAACACAGCGGCUGGCAAAACGAGGAAGAGUAUACAAAAACCCUUAUCACUACGGCAGGCUGAAUAACUGGAAAGUCUUCUUGGGCGUGGAGAAGAGAAGUCACUGGCUGACGCGUGUCCUCCUUCCCUCUGGACACACCCCACACGGUGACGGUUUGACGUGGGACUUCUUCCCAGUUAAAAAGGACUUAAUGCCCGUAUGACAAACACUACUUAGGCAUACCUGUUACCUAGUUUCAGCAGUCUGCUGAUUCUAACCCACUUUGGCUUAAAGGAUCCAAGCAUGGUGGCUCCAUACUGUAAAACGGGGUCAUGUUGACCUCCAAUACCUCAAAUACGUGCUGCUGUGGCAUCGCUCAUGGCUCUACAGUCUACAUUUUUGGAUGGUUUUGUUCUCUGCUGGGUUUUACUUUGUAUCACAAACGGGUCUUGCUUGAUUCUGAGCUAAUGAUGGGUUUGAUAUUUUUUUUAUAAGCCACAUGAACUGACUGACAUAUUAUUGGACUGAAGUACCUUUUAGAAUUGUUUUUUUGUUUUUUUUUUAAUGCAAACUACCUGCUUGUUCUGCACAAGCAACAAAAAAGAAAGCAACAAAGACUUUUUCCUCCCAAGACCUCCACCUCCCUAAUCUGUAUGCAGAAUCUAGUCCAAUAUUAUCAUUUGAAACAAACUCUAAAGGAAAAACUGCAGAAAGUUGAUAAUGUCAUUGUUUAUCUGUAUUUUGUACCUGUUAAGUUAAUAAAUCUUUAUAAAUUUCUUUAUAAAAAAAUAAAAACGGUCUCACUGAGUGGUCA